AUGGCUUCAAAUCUCCCCGGAGGCCCUCCGGCUGGGCCGAGUCUGAUGUCACCCGGGGCUUUGGAUGCCUCAGUGAAUACUCCUAUGCAGAGAACCCCUUCUCUCGUGGGAGAUAACCCCAACGGCGCUCAGAAUAACUUGUCCGCCGAUGCUCAGAUGAAUACAGAUUCUAGAUCCGCAUCAAUAUCCCUACCUUUGAGGGAGAUAUCGGCGUCAACCAAACCUGAUCAGCAUCCGGAUCUAGGCCUAUCAGGGCGGAUAAUAAGCGCAGCAUUUUGUAUUCCGUACAAGUUGCAGAUCCACCAUGACGGAGAAUGGGAGCUUAAACACCGACCUGGGACUGCGGCGCUCUUUGACUCGUUCGCCAACCUAGCAUCCCCUGACUCCCAUUGGUCCCAUACUCUUGUUGGCUGGACCGGCGAAAUAGAACAACAAUAUCCGCCAGAUACUUCAUCAUAUCAUCUUCAGAAUAAUAGAACCGCUUCGUCCACGAACCAGUCCUGGGCUCCGAUCCCGGUUAACUCGUCCCAGAAGCCUCAGCCUCCACCUAUAGAUGGUAUUCGUGUAACAGCCGAUGAUCGCCGUCGUCUCGAGAGUCAGGUCUCCUCGAGCAAGUUUGGAAAUAUUCUACCAGUCUGGCUGAGCGAUGAACUCGAUUCUCCGGACCAAGAGAUGCAAUUGAAGGACCAAGGCCGCUGGCGCCGUUACGCCGAACGAGAGAUAUAUACCCUUUUUCACUAUAAGCAACAUGGCCCUACCGAUGGCCGAUCUGAAAGACAAUGGUGGCAAGACUAUCAACGGCUCAACAGCAUGUUCGCGGAUCGCAUUUUAGAAACAUAUAAACCAGGAGACAUCGUCUGGAUCCAUGAUUAUCAUCUUUUCCUGCUUCCAAACAUCCUCCGCCAGAAGGUUCCAAAUAUCUAUAUCGGAUUUUUCCUCCACGUCCCUUUCCCGAGCAGCGAGUUCCUACGAUGUCUUUCCAAGAGAAAGGAUAUCCUCACAGGUGCCCUUGGGGCUAACAUGAUUGGUUUCCAGUCCCAUACUUACUCUCGUCACUUUACUUCCUGCUGCACCCGUAUUCUGGCAUUCAGCUCGACAAAAGGUGGAAUUGAUGCCUACGGUGCUCAUGUUGCAGUGGACGUGUUCCCAAUUGGAAUUGAUGUCCAAACAGUGCGAAAGCUAGCAUAUGGUGAUCCAAAUAUUGAAAACACAAUUUUCAACAUUAAAACGAUAUACGCGGACAAGAAGAUAAUUGUUGGACGUGAUCGGCUCGACUCCGUUCGAGGAGUGACGCAGAAGUUGAUGGCCUUUGAGAUGUUUCUGGAGCGGUAUCCUCAAUGGCGCGGCAAAGUGGUUCUCAUACAAGUUACUAGCCCUACGAGCAUGGAGGAACAGAAAGAAGAGCCGGAUAACAAGCUCUCUAGCCAGAUAUCUCAGUUGGUUGCGACUAUAAACGGUCGAUUCGGCUCGAUCAGUUUCUCACCCGUCCAAUACUACCCCCAAUACCUUCCUCGACAUGAAUACUUUGCCCUCCUUCGCGCUGCAGACGUUGGCUUGAUCACCAGUGUGCGUGACGGCAUGAAUACCACUAGCCUUGAGUAUGUGGUUUGCCAGCAUAAAAACCAAGGGCCCCUGAUCCUCUCUGAGUUUUCCGGUACUGCAGGCAUUCUUGAAGAUGCCAUUCACAUCAACCCCUGGGAUCUCACCGGUGUGGCUAACGCUAUCAACACCGCCCUCACAAUGACACCUGAAGAGAAGGCAAAGAAACAGUCUGCCCUCUACGAGCAUGUAACCACACAUACCGUUGUCGAAUGGUAUGAUGAGUACCUCAAACGACUUCUCGCCAAUCUUUCGUCCUUCAACAAGUCCAUAAUCACCCCAGCACUGGACAAACACAAACUCAUCUCUCAAUACCGCUCCGCACGUCGCAGACUAUUCAUGUUUGACUAUGAUGGUACCCUCACCCCCAUCGUCAAAGACCCGCAAGCCGCUAUUCCCUCGGACCGUGUCUUACGAACUCUCAAGUCUCUCGCUGCUGAUCCCAAGAACGCGGUAUGGAUCAUUUCUGGUCGCGAUCAAAACUUCUUGGAGGAGUGGAUGGGUCAUAUUACCGAACUUGGUCUUAGUGCUGAACAUGGCUGUUUCAUCCGCAAACCACGGAGCGAAGAAUGGACAAAUCUGGCGGCAAAAGCAAACAUGAGUUGGCAGAAGGACGUUCUAGAAAUUUUCCAGUAUUUCACCGAGCGAACCCCUGGUGCCUUUAUCGAGCGGAAACGAGUGGCCUUGACAUGGCAUUAUCGUCCUGUGGACCCAGAGUAUGGCGCCCACCAGGCAAAGGAGUGUAGGGCGGAGCUAGAACGAACAGUUGCUACUAAGUGGCCUGUAGACAUCAUGGAGGGCAAAGCAAAUCUGGAGGUCCGGCCAGCGUUUGUGAAUAAGGGUGAAAUCGCAAAGAGACUCAUUGACGAGUAUGCGGGUGUGCAUGGCCAUGAACCUGAGUUCGUACUCUGUCUUGGAGAUGAUUUUACUGACGAAGGUAUGUCUCUAUCUUCCUAUCCUCUUGUUCUACAUGUGCAUAUUAACUAA